ACAAGUGCACGCCUAAAGCCCUGCCCACAUGGCUCUGCGCAGGCGCAGAAAAUACUUCCGGGCGUGGCGCCACCAUGUGACCGGUACAGAGGUAGAGGAACAGGGCGGAUAGGUUCCCCUGAGAGACCGUGCUAGCAGCGCCCCUGUGCGGGGAGAGAGGAGCCAUGCAGAGCGUUAUUAACACUGUAAAGGGCAAGGCGCUGGAGGUGGCCGAGUACCUGACCCCCGUGCUGAAGGAGUCAAAAUUUAAAGAGACAGGAGUGAUAACGCCUGAAGAGUUUUUGGCUGCCGGUGAUCACCUGGUUCAUCACUGCCCUACUUGGCAAUGGGCAGCUGGGGAAGAAUUAAAAGUUAAACCGUAUCUUCCCAGUGAGAAGCAGUUUCUUAUGACAAAGAAUGUGCCUUGUUACAAAAGAUGUAAGCAGAUGGAGUACUCCGAUGAGCAGGAAGCAAUCAUAGAAGAGGACGAUGGAGACGGUGGUUGGGUUGACACUUUCCAUCAUUCAGGUGUGAACAGUGUUACCGAGGCUGUGAAAGAAAUAACACUUGAGACGCAGGAUUCUGGAAAAGCAACCAGCCAUGCAGCUUGUGAUGAUGACGACGACGAUGAUGACGAUGAGGGAGAAGCAGCAGAUAUGGAAGAAUAUGAAGAAAGCGGGCUACUAGAUACUGAUGAUGCAACUGUGGACACUGCCAAAAUCGUAGAAGCAAGCAAACCAAAAGCGGAAAGUUCUGAAGACGCCAUCCUCCAGACUAGAACAUAUGACCUUUACAUUACAUAUGACAAGUAUUACCAAACACCAAGACUUUGGUUAUUCGGGUAUGAUGAGCAACGUCAGCCAUUGACUGUAGAAAACAUGUAUGAAGACAUUAGCCAAGAUCAUGUGAAGAAAACUGUGACCAUUGAAAAUCACCCUAAUCUGCCACCACCACCUAUGUGUUCUGUACAUCCAUGCAGGCAUGCAGAAGUUAUGAAGAAAAUUAUUGAGACAGUUGCAGAAGGUGGAGGAGAGUUGGGAGUUCACAUGUACCUUCUCAUUUUUCUAAAAUUUGUACAGGCUGUCAUUCCCACUAUAGAAUACGAUUACACACGGCAUUUUACAAUGUAACUGCAAUUGUCUAUCUGUGAGUCCCACUGAAGCUCUACUUUUUAAUGACAAAUACAUAAAUACAUAUUGGGGUUUUUUUUUUCCAUACAUACAAAUCUGCAACAUUUCUGUAAUGUAUAAUAUGCUUCUUUGAUUAAAUUUCUGCAUUUAAACAUUU